GCAAAAAUAAAUACGAAGAAAUACGAGAAACUCACUUAUUAUUUGGACAUGAAAUGCGGAAAAGCAGAGAAGAUUUUAAAGGAGGUUCGCUUACAUAUACUUUGAUUUCAACCCCAAUGAGAUUGGUUUCAAUAUUGGAUAUUUUAGGCUUCCACUCAGGACAAAUUUGGAAAAUUUCAAUUCCUCUACAGUUGGUUCUUGUUUCUGGAUAAAGCCAGGAAACUUACAGAUAUUUCGACCAUAUUUGAGAAACUUAAAACACGAAUGGAUAUGGAUGUGAAAGUUUUUCACCAGGAUGUCCAAAACAAUUCUUUUGAAAUUUAUGAAAUUUUUAAUCCAGGAAUCAAUGUUGGUGUUCAAAUACGUUAUAUUGGUAAAUUAAUCAAUGGAGACAUUAUAAUGAAUGAUAAUAAGUCUUACUAUGAGGCAAGGAAAAAUAUGUCUGGAGUCCUUGUUCGUUCAGCUAAUGUGAUAAGAUAUCCAUUCAAGACAUCCUUCCACGACUACAUGGUAGACACAAAACUAAUGAAAUACGACAUCUACAGCAAAUUCCAUUAUCAGCUAUUCCUCGGACUCGGCGAGAUUCACGGAUUCGACUACAAUACAACAUUGCCAUUUUCCUGGUUCGGAAACACUUCUAGCGGAGAAGAUGGAGGUCUGGCCAAAAUGCUAUGGGACGACACCAUAGACAUAAGCAGCGCUGGUUGUAUUAUGAGGCUUUUGGGCACUGAGCGGCUGGAUUUUUACGAUUUUAUAAUGCCCUAUUACAAAUUCAGGUCUUGUUUCUAUUUCCGCAAUCCCGGUUUCGUGAAACCGAAUUUCAACGAAGUACUAAAACCGUUCGCAAAAGAAUCCUGGCUGGUCACCCUAUACGUCACCGGAAUAGUGUGCGUGUGUAUCGAAAUUGCUUAUUACGUCGAACGUAGAAACAAUGUUGGCAACAAUCGCUGGUAUCGGUCAGUGUUUGUCGUCAUCGCUGCUUUUUCGCAACAAGGUCUAGACACAAUCCCCAAUCAAAUGCCGAGCCGCAUUAUAUUACUGUACCUUUUAAUUUGCUCAUUACUGCUCUACAAUUAUUACACGUCUAGUUUGGUGUCGUCGCUGAUCAGCACUGAGCCGGAAGUUUUCAAAACGGUUAAGGAACUUCUAGAAAGUAAACUGAAAGUUGGCAUAGAGUUCCAACCAUAUACAAUAACUUAUAUGCAAAAUAGAGUUAAAGAAGAUCAUUAUUUGGAUCUGCUCAACAAAACAAAAAUCUACGAAAGCGACACGCCAAAUAUUUUUACAGCCGAAGAAGGUAUAAAGAAGGUCCAUCAAGGUGAUUUUGCAUUUCAUGCCGAGUCCAUUACUGCUUACCCUAUCAUAGGAGAUACUUUUGCUCAGGACGCCAUUUGUGAUUUGGCUGAAAUCGUUCUGAUUAACAGCGAUACUUCAUUAAUGGCUCAGAAAAAGAGUCAGUAUAAGAAGCUAUUUCAAAUCAGCCUUAGGAAGAUGUGGCAGAGUGGCAUAAUAAGAAAAUUGCAUAAAACUUGGGUGACAGCCAAGCCGGAGUGUUUAUCCAGUGCCAGAGUCAUUUCAGUAACUAUAAACGACAUGUUUAUGCCCUAUUUUUUGCUUGCGAUGGGCGUAUUGCUGGCUUUAUUAAUACUAUUGGCUGAAACUGUUUGGAAGAAAUUCAGAUUUAGGAUCAGACGGAUUUUUCAGAACGAUGAUUUUCCUAUUAUCUAUGUUAAUUGAGCAAUUACUUAGUUUGAUAAAUAUAAGUGUUCCUAUUUAGUUUCAUUAGCAAUAUGUAUAAUAGCCACAUAAUUAGGUAUUUACCAAAUGAAGCAAAACUUUCUACACUGAAACAGUUUAAAAGAGGAGUUCAAAAGAUUUUGGAUGGAUGAAACUGCUCUCCCAAACUCAAGUAAAUAGUUCGGAAAAAUCUUCUCAAUGUUUAUAUUGUUGGAUCAACUGAUAUUCAUAUCAGUGAAACAAAAAAUUUAAUAAAUUCAACUUUGAUUAUCAGCCUAUACUUUGCUAAUUUAUAUCGCAGAUAUGGAUGACUGAAUGUGUUUAUAAUAGUUUUUAUAUGUCAGAUAAACAGAUGAGGAAUCGUUUACUCAAGAAAGGGUUUGUAAUUCUUUGUCUUGAUGUUGAGUCAGUUCG